GUGUACGAUGAGCUAAGGAUAAGUUAAUGCUGUAGGAGAUAACUUCAGACUACAAGCCUAGCCUUUGUACCUUCGGUGGAUCUUAAAUUUAAACGGCUACCAUUCGCUUUUUCGGAUUCCUAUUCCCGUCCAUCAUAGAGAAAGCAGAUCGUUCUUUCUGUCCUCGGCCUACCAUCCUCCUCCGCGCCGUUCCAUCUAAAAGACUAAAAUCAACAUUAAGGAUUUUAAGGAUUGAUAAAAUAAUAUGGAAGAGGAGCCUUCCACUGACGAUGCAAAAGACCUUGUGGCAUCUUAUGUGGCUUUGGAAGAUGAAGGCGAUGAAUGUUGUGUUAUCGAGGAUGUUGAAGCUCCUAUGGUGUUGGAUUGUGUUAUCGAGGAUAUUGAAGCUCCUAUGGUGUUGGAUGAUGCAAAGAAGGAGGACUCUGAGUUCAAUCAAUAUAUAACAGGUGGAGUUUUAGAGCCAAGCUUGGAUAUGGAGUUCACUUCUGAAGAGGAUGCAAGGAAUUUUUACAAUGCAUAUGCUAAGCAGACAGGAUUUAGCAUCCGUGUGAAUUCAUAUUACCGGUCAAAGAAAGAUAACUCAAUAAUUUCUAGAGAGUUCUGUUGCUCAAAAGAAGGCUUUCGCCGAGAGAAACGUGCAAAAAAGAUGGACUCAGGGGAUGAAAUGAAGAGGCGGCGCACCCGGCCAAUUACAAGGGAAGGCUGCAAGGCACUGAUGACUGUCAGGAGGCGAAACAAUGCGAAAUGGUAUGUAGCAAAGUUAGAGAAGAACCAUAAUCAUGAGCUAGUGACUCCGGCAAUGCGUCAUUUUCUUCGCUCUCAUAGACAAGAAUAUGAUCCAAAAAAUAGUUGGAGUAAUCUUAAUGGUUCAUCUGGGAUGGGUACAAACGCUGUUCCUAUGACUGUCUCAAAUGAAGAUUGUAACAGCCUUGGCAGGAUGGUGUUUCCUGCACAGGAUCACGUUAAUUAUAUUGGAAGAGGGCGAUUAAGUAACUUUGGGAUAGAUGCUCAAGGUCUCCUGGGGUUUUUCAAGAUUAUGCAAGCAAAGGAUCCUGCAUUUUAUUAUGCAAUACAGGUGGAUGAAGAAGACCGGUUGAGCAGUGUUUUUUGGGUUGACACAAGGUCAAGAGUAGCUUACAAUUGUUUCUAUGACGUCGUAGCUUUUGAUACGUCUUACCAAGUGAAUCAAUAUAAAAUGCCUUUUGCGCCAUUUACUGGAGUAAAUCAUCAUAAACAGUCGGUGUUAUUUGGUUGUGCCCUGCUUGCGGAUGAGACAGAAUCCACAUUCAUUUGGCUUUUUACAACUUGGCUAGAAGCAAUGUCUGGACGGCAGCCAGGCUUAAUAAUUACUGAUUAUGAUUCAGCCAUUGGUAAGGCAGUUGAAAGGGUUUUCCCGGAAUCAAGCCAUCGAUAUUGCAAGUGGCACAUCACGAGCAAAAUGCCACAAGAAAUGGGACAUGCAUACAGUGCACUUCCAAAGACGUUUCUAGUGGAAUUGGAUAAAAGCAUUAAUAAGAGUGAGACCCCUGAAGAAUUUGAAUCUUCUUGGGAGUCACUUCUAGAUAAAUACAACCUUAGAGGAAAUGAAUGGCUUCAAUCGCUUUAUAUUGAUCGCAGGGAAUGGGUCCCAACUUACAUGAAAGAUACUUUCUUUGCUGGUAUGUAUGCUACACAAAGAAGUGGAAGGGUAAACUCACUUUUUGAUGGUUACGUGAAUGCAAGAACUACCUUACAAGAUUUUGCAGAACAGUAUGAGAAGGCUUUGGAUGAUCGAUACGAAAAAGAAGCAAUGGCAGAGUUUGAAACAUUUUACGCUAAACCAGUUCUAAAGACGCCACUUCCAAUGGAAAAACAAGCUGCAGAGGUUUACACGAGAAAGAUGUUUGCUAUGUUUCAGGAUGAAGUUUUUGAAUCUCUGAUUCUGGCUGUGAAAAAAAGUGGGGAUGAAGGAGCAAUCACCACCUAUGAAGUUGCCAGAUUUGAUGAACAUCAUAAAGCAUACUUUGUGGCUUCUAAUAUUUCUGAACAAAGAGCAAGUUGUAGUUGUAAGAUGUUUGAGUUUGAAGGGAUCGUAUGCAGACAUGUACUUGCAGUAUUUAAAGCAACAAAUGUCUUUAUGCUUCCGGAACAUUAUAUCCUGAAGCGAUGGACAAGAAAUGCGAAGGAUGAGGUCAUGCUGGACGUGUUGCCAUGUGCUAACAUGCAAGGUAAUUCUCAUAAGGGCAAGAACUCUCAGUACAAUAUUUUGUAUCAGGAAGCUAUAAAAUGUGCAGAGGAAGGAAUGGCAUCUGACCAUAGUUUUAAAGUUGCACUAAGUGCUUUAAGGGAAGCUAGGAUUAAAAUUAUUGGAGCAAAGAAAAAUGCUAUAAAUGCCCCAUAACUUGAGACUGGCAUGCUCAAUUGAUUCCUCUUGAUCAUGAGAAAACUAAAAUUUGAAAAUCUUCUCCUGAGAACCUAUAUGAAUCCAAAUACAUAUUGGAGCAGUCAUCAAAGAGAAUUAGGUUAUGCACUAAAAUGCAAGUGCCCUGGACAUGAUAGUUGUCCUUGCUGGUGGGUGAAGGAUUCAGACCCAGACACCAUAUAUACAGUUUUUUUUUUUUUUUUUAACGAGUGAGCAUGUAGAUUAGAAUUUCUGUCCUCUCUAAGCUCAUGUGGAGCAUAUUUCAAAGUUCAAAUUGAAGAUGUGUUCUCUUCAGAAUUCAGAUAUAUGUUGUAUAUAUCUCGGCCUCUUACUGAUUUUGUGGAGAGAGAGAGAGAGAGAGAGAGAGAGAGAUUCUCAGAGAUUGUGAAGUGGUUUUGCCAUGUUAGCGGAGGUGAUUUGCUUUGAGGGUUACUUAAGUUGGGCUUGAUGCCCUGUUACCCUAUCUUUACAAAAUUUAAUGAUAUUUUAAGGUUACUACUUUUGUGAUGAUAUUUCUUUCAGUCCUGGAUUAUAGCAUCUUUGUAGACGGUGAUUGCUAGGCCGGAGCAGAUUGGGAGUUUUUCAGACCUAUUAUCAAAGAGAUUACUUGUUUUAUAUAUUAAUUUUUUGUCAAGCAUGUGAGCAUGUCAAGCAUGGAAUCUCUUCAGCGAAUUUGUUGUUGAGUGCCUGCUGAGAGGUCCACUCUACAAAACGUAUGGGAGAGGUUUGGCUUUUGCAAAGAUUCCUUUGUUCGUGUAUAUAUCAUAUAAAUAACAGUUCACUUUUCUGUGUCA